CUCAUAGUAGAGCACAACGAGCACGGUAGCCUACAUUCAUAUCUCGUCAACUUUCAUCCACACUUGACCUGGACCGACCGGUACAACCUUGCGAUGGACAUUGCCCUUGGCUUGCGCUAUCUUCAUUACAAAGGCUACCGUCAUCGCCAUCUGCACUCUGCAAGUAUCCUAAUCGACACCAACGGAUCCGCAGUUCUCUCGGAUUUUGGAUCGACUCGAGAUGCAGAGGUGAUCUCUUCACGGGAACACCCAGCUCGCAUGGGAUACAUUGCGCCAGAACGUCUUACAAAGAACGGAACACGUUACUCUAUCGAGUGUGAUAUUUAUUCACUCGGCAUGGUCUUUUGGGAGAUUACAAGCGGACGCCCUCCGUUUGAGAACCAGAUUGCUGCUUGCAGUGUCGAGGACGGCUCUUUGAUGAACUUGGCUCAGAGCAUCAUGGCGGGUCGUCGGGAGCGUCCUGUAGAGGGUACCGACCCCAUCUUUGAAGACCUUUAUACCCGAUGCUGGAACUCCAACCCUCUGGAGCGCCCUUCAAUUGACUGGAUUAUCCAGACUCUU